UUUGUCGUUUGACCCUUAUUUACUUGAACGAGCUGCUUGAAAGAGCAGCGCUGUGAAAUCUAUCGAUUGUUGGUCUGCUGCUUGAAACUGCUCUCCGUGCUCUCCGUUCUAUCGGUUCCAUCUAGCCCUCUAGUUCCAUCCAAUCUCUGAUCAGGAUUUAGGAGUGAUUUAAGAGUUCUAUCUGAUUGACAUGGGAAUUAUAUUGUCAAUGACUUGAAAAAGACCUCCGCGACAAGUUUGGUGAGGCCCAUCCCUUGACCAUGAUUGGUAAAAUUCUGCGAGUGCUGCUCAAACCCCAGGUUUAUUGGCACCAUCCUGUUUCCGGACCCCGUGAGGGCCUGGCUUAUCGACCGAAUGCAGCGGAACAAUGGGGCCAAUCCAUUCUGACCUGGAUUCGUUUUGGUUUAGAGUUCGGUGUUUAUGCGAGUCCGCUAUACUUGCCAUUCUUCUACCAAAGAAUCGCGGGAUGGCGCCACCAUCCCCGUGCUUUAUUCGAUUGGGGGUUAACGAUAUCGGCUUUGUACAUGUUGGCCCUAUGACUCCGGGCCUAUGGGAGGGCUGGCAACGCUCACUACCUCGAGUUCGUGCAGGUUUUCAUGCGAGCGACCCAAAACUUUGACGUACAUGCCAAAACGGCACUCCGCAGAUUUGACUUUGAAUUCAGUGCUUGGCCCGUGGAAUUUGAUGCUGCUACCCUGCCGUUUGCAAAGUCCAUUGCGACACCAUCGCCAUCUCAAGCCUUCAAUUCGUUUACCUAUUGGCCUCAUAAAGCCUCCGCUUGGAUUCUUAUCAACACGCUUGGCCUCAAGCUCAUCUACCCUGGAUCUACUCGCUGGUUCCUUCAGCCAAUGGUGGGACAAUCCUUGACCCAACAACGAGGGGUCCUCGUUGGAAAGCAAGGUGGCGAGCGCUUCAAAUUGCGUACCAGGGACGCCAAUCACAUUGACUCCAUGUUCUUUGAUCGGCGACCUCUUCAGGGUAAUGGCCAAUUCUUGGUGAUUGUGUGCGAAGGAAAUGCCGGAUUCUACGAAAUUGGCAUGAGCAGUACGGCUUUGGAUGCAAGUUACUCUGUGUUGGGAUGGAAUCAUCCCGGGUUUUGGGGUAGCACGGGCUCCCCUUUGCCUAAUCAAACCUUGAAUGCGGCAGACACGGUGUUCCAGUUCGCCGUGAAUCGACUCGGAUUCCCUGUAGAGAAUAUUAUUGUUUUUGGGUGGAGUAUCGGUGGUUUUCCGGCCAGUUGGUUGGCCCAGGCUUAUCCACAAAUCAAGGCUGUGAUACUGGACGCUACGUUUGAUCAUGUCACUCCCUUAGCCGUACCCAAAAUGCCUGCAAUGGCCGAGAAUGUGGUCCGUGUGGCCAUCAAUGAGUUUGUCAAUUUGGACGUGGCUCAAUUAGCUGAACGGUUUCAUGGGCCCAUUCGGCUCAUUCGACGAUGUCGUGACGAAAUGAUCGCCACCGACGACACGCAACCAAACAAGACCAAUCGCAUUAAUUUCCUUCUACUCAGGAUAUUAGCAAGUAGAUACCCAGCGCUAUUUGAGACGGAGGAAUCUGGACAAACUCUCCUGCAAUAUCUUGGGGUUGAACAUGUGGAUCAAGACCGCCGGCCUCCAUUGGCUUCCAUUGACGACUCGCAAUUGCGAGUGAGUACUUUCCCUUCAGAACUUGGCAAAGGGUUAACACAAUCAGAGAAAAAUAAGAUCAUCCUAGUUUUGGUCUCCAAAUACCUGAGCGAUGUCAACUCGACCCAUUGUAUUCCCCUCACCCUAGACCAAUUCAAUCUUCCUUGGAAUCCUUUACUUUGAUUGUUGAUUGUUAUUGACUCGCCUUGAGAGUACGGUCAGUUGUUAUGAAUUAUUUUCUUUUCAAUCCCUUGGCAAGGUGUGUAUUGAUUAAUAAAUAAGAAUAAAAAAGAAAGGAUCAAGGUUGA